UCUGAUGUGCUAUUAGGUCCAGUUCAUCGGCCUCUGAAGCUGUCAUCCUCAUGCUAAGAGUAAGUAGUGUGUCUGGUUUAAAUUAGGGUUCAUUGGAACAGUACAAAUAUUAUCAUUCUGGGAUGGUUAUCAUGUACUUAAUCAUUAACUGUAACAAUCUGUUGUAAUGAUCCUUGAAUGUUAGAAACAGUGGUAUUUGUUCAGUUUCAUUACUAUUUACCCACUAGUCAAAACUUACCAGGUGUGUGAACACAGUUGAAAUUUAUCCAUUUCUUCUUCCAGAGUUGAUAUCUUUACUUUUGUCACCUCAUACUGUUGUUUCACAGGUCGCCAAUUGCAAACAAUUGCAAUUGCAUCACUCAGAUCAAGUUUGCAAACAGCUCGACCUGGAAAUUACGAUCGACUCGUGUAGAUGUUGAACCAAGCACAAAACAAAGAUAUCGUUCUACGUGUUCCUUGAUGAGCCAAGCCAGACACAAGUCAUCCUAAUAUAGUACGACUCAGCACCUUUAAAGCGUGUCUUCGUUGUAGCCUCCACCAGCUUUUCCCUGCUACCUUUGCAUCCUGCCUCGCGUCCUCUACAUAUCCUCUACCAGUGCUCCUCCUCUCUGCCUCCCUCACCUCUCUGAAGAAGACAAAGAAGAAGAAGAAGAAGAAGAAGAAGAGAGAGAGAUGGGAAAGAAAGGCCUUCGGAAAUCUAUCCGAGUUUGUCUCUCCAAGCUCAAGAAAGUACCGUCUCAUCUACACAUACCCAAUUCCCCGCAUCCGGCCGCCGCCACUGCUGCCACCAGUUGGCUGUUAUCGGCGUGCAAGUAUCCCAAGACCCCUUCUUUCGCCGUCGACCGCGGACGCGCCGACGACGACGGACACGACCCUGCCGCCACGCUCUCCGACGUCGACCGCUUCCUCUGCGAGAACUUCCGCUCCCUCUACUUGCGCGAGGACGAACCCGCCAACCUCUCCGAAGCGACCCCCCGGGGGGGCGAUGACGAGCGCCCGCCACCCGCAGCGUUCUGCUCGUCCGAGCGCUUCUUCGUGUCCUCCGGCGCGUCCAACUCUCUCCACCGUGGGGCCCGGCGGAACAACGCCUCGUCUUCGUGGUCGUCACCGUCACCGUCGCCGUCGAGCUCUUCUCGGACGAACGAGGCUGGGGCGGAGGCACGAGGCGACGGGGUGGCGGUGGUGACGUUCUCCAAGGACCCCUACGACGACUUCCGGCGGUCCAUGCAGGGCAUGGUGGACGCGCGGCACGUGGAGCCGAACCAGCCUUUGGACUGGGACUUCAUGAAGGAGCUCCUCUUCUGCUACCUUGAGCUCAACGACCGGAGCGUCCAUAAGCACAUCUUGAGGGCCUUCACCGAUCUCACCGUCAGCUUCCGCCGCCGGGCUGCGGCAGAAAGGCGGAGAGCACCGGCUGGUAACAAGGGGAGGAGGAGGAGGAGGAGAUCAGCCCAGAAGGCCGGAGACGUAAGAGAUGCGGCGCCGCGACAUCUUCUGGUAACCGACUGACGUGUAUUGAAUUUGGCAGAUGCAGUGGGGAGGGUGGCUCCACCAUAUGCGGAGCCUCAGAAGAAGAAGAAGAUGCCAUGAUUUCCGGCGGUCCAAGCGCUGUCUGUGAAACGCCUAUCUACUGUACGACUUUGGUAGUCUCAACCGUCAACCAAUGAAACUGAUCACAAGGCAUUUAAUCUUGCUUUGAUGGAUGAAAUCUGAGGAGGCUGCUGGGAAUCCUAAGCUUUAUUA